AUGGCAGACCGCGCCGAGCAGCUCAAGCUUCAGGGCAAUCUCUACUUUCAGAAAGGAAAGUUUCUUGCGGCUAUUGACAUGUAUACAGAGGCCAUUGUGAUGGCUCCAGAUCGCUCAACGUAUUACUCGAAUCGUGCGCUUUGUCAUUCUAAGCUAGAUAAAUGGGAGAAUUGCCGCGCUGAUUGUGAACUUGCGCUCAAAUUUGACAAAUUGAAUGCCAAAGCCAGUUACAUGCUGGGUACGAGUCUUAUGCAUCUUUUGGCUUAUGACGCGGCGAUUAAAGCGCUUCAGACGGCACAUAUUAGUGCUGAAAAAACAAAGAAACCCAAAGCUUUUCUGGAUGAAAUUUUUAUUGAGCUUCGACGGGUGAAAAAGAGACAGUGGCUGAACCUUCAGAAACAACGCGUGAUGCGGCAUGAGAAAGUUAAAGCUCAUCUGCAGUUGCUUUUUGGAGCCAAACACACAGCCGAAAUUUUUGCUCAGAAAGACAGUGAAGACAGCAGCUCAGAUGUUGAUGAAGUCGAUGCACUGAUGGCGUACGUGGACCACAUGGCCAUUUGUUACGAAAAAGACAUGUAUCCUGGACACGUGCCCGAUUACUUGGUAUGUCCCAUUAGCAUGGAAAUUAUGCACGAUCCCGUCACAACUCCGAAUGGUGUCUCAUAUGAACGGCAAUGCCUGGAAGAACACUUGCGCCGAAAUGGCGCGAUUGAUCCGCUGACGCGGAGAAAGUUGACACUUGAUAUGCUCCGACCAAAUCCGUCUUUAAAAGCUGCUAUACAAGAUUUUCUUGAGAAAAAUGCUUGGGCGUUUGAGUCGUAG